AACAAAAUGUUUGCAGUUUUGUAAACUGACAAAAUGUUUGGACUGCUCACAGACCCUUUAUCAAAGCUAAAUUGUUUUUACUUUUUGCCGUUUUAAUCUAGAUAAUGACAAACAUAUAAAAAUAAAUCUUCGAAGUAAUAACAGGUGCCCCUCCCAUGGUAAUAGUGUGUCACUGAAUCUCACCUCCAGACUUUAAAAGCAGCAGAGGCAGAUGUUUGAGGAGGGGGCAGGGACAAGGUUGGCUGUGGCUGAGAACCAACAGAAAACAGAACAAGGUUCUCUCCUCCUGAGUGUGUGUGUGUACAAACAAAGAUGAGUGUUAACUCCACUCAGGUCUCCUACUUCAUCUUCUCCUUCUACUCUGACAUUGGUCUGUUGAAAUACUUGGUCUUCUUCUUCUUAAUGUGUCUCUAUGUGAUUGCCCUGUUUGUCAACCUGCUGUUGAUUGUUGUCAUCUGUAUGAACAGGAGUCUACAUGAACCUAUGUACCUGUUCCUGUGCAGCCUGUUUGUGAAUGAACUGUGGGGAAGCACAGGUUUGUUUCCACUGCUGCUGCUGCAGAUUCUCUCGGACGUUCACACUAUUCCUGUUCAUUACUGUUACCUGCAGAUCUUCUGCUUGUACAUCUAUGCAAAUGUGGAUUUCUAUAACCUGGCUGUGCUGUCCUACGACCGUUACCUGGCCAUCUGCUGUCCCCUGCAGUACAGCACUCGGAUGAGCUCUAAAAAGGUUGCCCAGCUCAUUGCUAUGACGUGGUUGAUACCCCUGGUUGUGGUGAUGAUAAUGGUGUCACUGAACGCCUCUCUGAAGAUGUGUGGGAAUGUCAUUGACCGACUGUACUGUGACAACUACACUGUGGUGAAGCUGGCCUGCUCCGACACCACAGUCAACAAUGUUUACGGUCUGAUCUACACCUUCAUUGUGUUAGUGGGUCUCGUCUGCCUCAUCGCCUACACCUAUUUCAAGAUCCUGCGCGUGUGUCUGUCAGGCUCCAAACAGUGUCGGCAGAAGGCCAUGUCCACGUGUAUACCCCACCUGGCUUCGCUGUUCAACUUCUUCUCUGGUUGUUUUCUGGAGGUGAUCCAGAGCAGGUUGAGUAUGAAAGGAGCUCCCAUCCUGCUGAGAAUCUUUAUGUCACUCUACUUUACAGUGUCCCCCCCCAUUUUCAACCCGCUGGUGUACGGAUUAAAUCUGAGUAAAAUACGUGUCAUCUGUAAAAGCCUGUUCUCUUGUCAAAGGUAAAGUUGCGUCAUUAAGAAGGUGUUUAGUUUCUUUUUGUUCAAAUUUACUUUUUCUUUUGACAAAGAUGAAUUGUUAAGUAGAAGGUUGUUUUGUUUUGUUUUGCUUUUGUAAAACAAAAUCACAAGUCAAAUAAAAGUUUUGUUUUAUUGAAGUUAGAUGUUCACCUUGUCUCUGAACUUGAAUUGAAUUUCUUAAUUCUGACCUGAAAUCUGUAAAUUCAUUCAGUUCAUUUAAUUCCUGUGCAGUUUACUGUUAAAAUGCAUCAUAAAAACUGUCUGAUUGUAAAAUGUUGUCUAUUUUAAGGAAAAGAUCAGCAGAGUUAUAUUAACUCUCACUAAACCAACCUAUUUCUAUAAUGUUGUAACACGCACUCCAGUAAGAUCCAGACCACACUGUGAUGAACACUGAUCAUGAAUGACCUCCACGGACAUCACAUAAAAUGUUUCCUACACAUUCAAGGCA